AUGGCAUCAUCAUCCGGCAGCAUGGACAUCCACACCAAGGAGGUGGAUGGUCAAACCUAUCUCAUAGGUCCGAACGGAGAGGAAGUACUUUUCGAGUACGAUGUCAACCAAAUCCCCGAGCAUUUUCGAGAGUACUACCGAGCCCAAGCAACUCUCAGAUCCGCAGGAGCCGUAGCUCGACCUAUGGUGGAUAGGGGAGUUGUCACUGAUAUCCAAGGGUUAACCGGCGCCCCUCCGGUUCAUGACGAAGAUACCGAUAGCGACAGCUCACUUGAGAGCGACGAAGAUCUCGAAAGUGACGACGGUCUUGAUGGUGACGAUCUUGAUGGUGACGAUCUUGCUGGUGACGGUGACCCUAAUGGCCACGCCUACGCAGUAUCAGCAGCAGCUGCUGCUGCGGAUGUUGCUGCUCCCGCUGCUCCCGCGGCCCCCGUGGCUCCUGUGGCUGUACCGGCCGGUGGAGCUGCUGGCCCUGCUGGCCCUGCUCCGGUGGCUCUAGUAGUUCCGGCCCCCGUACCCGCUGUCGCCGCCCCCGCCCCCGUACCCGUUGUCGCCGUCGCCGUCCCCGCUCCCGCUGCCGUCGUGGCACCACCGCUAGGCAACUUAGCCCAGCUGAGGGCCAUUCCAGCCCCUGUGAUGCCAUGGAGCUGCCCGGUCUGCGGCUCCGGCACGCCGCUCUGGCAGCGCCAUUUGGCGUCGCACGUUACCGCGUGUGGGUGGCCAGGCUGUGGCCUGGUUGGCUUCGCCAACUUGAGGGAGGUGGCGCUCCAUAUUAAUGCCGCACACGGGCAAGGCAGCUGGUUCCAGUGCGGCAACAACAACCUCUUUUCGAGAGUCGACAGCUACUACCUGCACGUAGGCCGCCAUUGUAUCUUCGGCUGA